UCCCCAGCCUACUUUAAUCCAAUGGACUGCUCCAAGCUCCUGACCACGGACCAGUAUGACCAGAUCAGGGUGUACUCCUCUUCUGAUUGGUCAACUCCUCAGCAGAUUAUCCGGCACCCACACAGGCAGUUUCAGCACCUCACACCUAUCAAGGCCUCGUGGCACCCUCUGUACGACCUGAUGGUGGUUGGACGGUACCCUGACGAGAGGGUGUGUCCAGGUGCCCUGAGGACCAUCGAUAUCUAUGAUGCCAACACAGGAGAGCUGGCAUGCCAACUACUGGACCCCAACGCCCCUGGCAUCAUAUCUGUCAACAAGUUCAAUCCAAUGGGAGAUGUUUUAGGAUCUGGAAUGGGAGUGAACAUCCUAGUGUGGAACAGAGGUGAGACAUCGGCUGGUAAGCAGCAGAGAGGAGAGCUACAACAGGAAGCAGGAGUCCAGGUUGGCAGAGGCCAGCGGAGGAGAAGAGGGGAGACUCGGAGGGGGGAGGAUGAGGACGACAUUGGGAAGCUGAAGAAGAAGCUGUCUUCCUCCUCGGUGACCAGAACCAGAACAUCCAGGGACAAACAGCACAACAGCCAGACACAGAAGGGUCCAAAUAAAUAAACGGGGAGAAGGAGAGAGAGGUUUUUUUGUGAUGUUGGAAGAGUUAUGUAGUUAUGUCUAUGACAUUGUCACAUACAGGUAACUGACAAAAUAAAGGAAACACCAACAGACAGUGUCUUAAUAGGAUGUUGGGCCACCACCAACCACCAGAACAGAUUCAGUGCACCUCGGUAUAUAU